GACGUAAAAAGAAGUGGCUUGCAGAACGAGAGAAAUUAUCGUUUACCUGUACAGUUAUAUAUAAAUUUAUAUUGAAGCAACGGGGUAUCAGAAGCUACCUUUAAUGCGAGAAUUUUAGAGAAUGGAAAUUUGUACAAAAUGGCUAACAACAGGAAUUACUUUCUUUUUCAUGAUAUCGCUCGUUAGUUGCUUCUAUCCUGAAUAUUACAUUGAAGAUUCCUGUAAGCAAGGAAACGAAACUAUAAUAAUUGAUACUACAAAAGCUGGCUCUGCGGGAAUACUGAAAGCGACUUCUCGUCCUCCAUACAAGCCUAAUAAAAACUGCAAAGUUAUUAUCAAGCCUCCAUCUGAUCAAGGCAUUGUUCUUAGCAUUCGCAAUGUUGACCUUCGGACAGGUGUUAAUUACGAAAUAUGUCAAGAUUAUAUAAAGGUUUAUCAUUCCGACCAUUACAAGUCUCCAAUCAUCCUUUGUAGUUUUAAGUAUGAUUUGCAGGAAAAACUUUCGUUUUUCACUAAGGGUUCCAUGACAUUCAUCUAUCACACUGAAUUGAAACUGGAUGGAAAGUAUGACGUGGAAACGGGAUUUACGUUUACAUUUACAUCGGUUUAUUUAGACAUUCAAGAUUGCAAACAUGACAGUAUGUUUAUGUGUAAUAAUGGAAGGUGCAUUUCAAAGGAUAUGACAUGCGAUGGUCGAAACAACUGCGGAGACAGCAGCGACGAAUCUCCAAUGUAUUGUGAUAAUGACCCUUCAUACUUCUUAAGGAUAACAGAUGGAAUGUAUGCUUUCAUUCUUGCAAUCUUCAUAUCUUUGAUUGUUCUGGGUUUAUUUUUCAUUGUUCGAUACAAAAGGAGGAGAAAUGCUGAUACGGAUGCCUUGACGGAUCAUGAUGAGCCAAUGGCUAGGGUAUCUCCAUACGAAGCCAUACAUCCAACUGGCUUUUUUAUCUGUCAAAAUCCUGCAGGACCAAAUACACUAUUUUCUAGCAACUCUAAAGUAUUGCAGUCUGAUGAAGGAUUUUCUAAUCCUUGUUAUCCAACAGGCAUUCCAAUGUCACCACCACCGUACAGUCAGUAGAUUUUGUUUUAAAUGUAUAGUUGAACCUUUUCUACACAGCUUUGAUGGUGAAUUGAAAAGUAAAAUAUAAAUUGAAUUGUUUGGUUGAAAAGCAAUCUCUAUAUUUUCCAUAUUGUAAUUAUUUUGAAUCCAUCAUUUCUAAGUUAAAAGUUUUCGAUGCACUGGUUUCACUAUUAAUUAAAAAUUAUAUUAUUGAGCUAUAUAAGGGUUUCUUUUGCAAAAGGUUAUCAUACUUACCAUGCUAUGAAAGCAAUUUGGAGGAAACUCUUAACUUAUGGCUUUUUUUCAAAUAGUUCAAUGUUUCAUACGCCAUUACGAAUUGUAGCAUUCAAGUCUGCAAUAUUUCAUAAACAUUAUUCUGAAUAAAAUCAUGCAAUUCGUUUUGGAUGUGAGGCAGUGAGAAGCAAAGGGAUACAAGUGGCAAAAUUAAAAAUUUGGAGGUUACCAGUACAAAUGGUAGGUGAACCCCUCCUCUUUCUUGGGGCAAGAUAUAGUACUAGUAGCCCUGGUAAGUUCCGGUAUACAACUUGAUUUAGAAAAAAAAUUUCAAUCAAAGCCUACCUAGGAUCUGGUCUUUAAACGCGUUUUACUCAAAAACGUCAAAUUGUCCACUUGCACCCCUUUGCUUCUCACUGCCUCAUGUAUAAAAUGCUCUUGAAACAAGCAACAUUGUCUUACAUAAAAGUAAUCUCUUUCAUCUAGUCAUGCAAAAUGCAAAACUUAUAAACAAUACGUUGAAUUGAAUUUAAAUGAUUGCAAAGUUGAGUAAAUGGUUAAGGGAAAUGUUGUGCCAAAUUUUGUUACCAAAUUUUAAUAUCCGAUCUAUGAGUAACAUUGAUCCCGCAGUAUUGUUUUAGCGCAAAUGAUAUUGAAAAAAAAAAUGUUUUUCUCUAUGAAUUAAAUGCAAAAGGUAUAACGAAUGUAUAACGAUCGAAACGAAUAACGAGUUAAAAGCCAGUUCUUAGGUUUGUUAUAGAAAAUUUUAAACUACUACUAAAAAUAAUUUGUUUCUGAUACAUUAAAAUGUAAGUGAUCUUUCUAUAAAUAUUGUAUAUAUUAUUUAAAAAUAUUUUUUAUAAUAUUGUGUAUAAAUAUAACUUUGAAGAAAACAUUGUACAAUUCCGUCCUUUUAAAAUAAACAAUUGUUUUGUAAUAUCAAUGAAAAAUGUUCAGAUUAUUUAAGAAUGUAUUUCAUAACUAAUGAAUAAA